AUGACGGACAUCCAAGCAGACCGUAAAGGCAUUUCCUCCCAGCAUGAGCAUAUUGACCCACCUGAGAAACCUCAAUACCUGGCUGGGGUCGAUGCAGAAACCGCAGCCUAUGCAACUGGCCCUCCUGUUGAGAUCGACAAAGCUACCGAUCGACGGCUCUUCUGGAAAGUCAAUAAACGGAUACUCGUCUGCAUGGUUGGGACCUACUUCUGCCAAGCUCUUGAUAAGGGCACUCUAGGGUUCAGCUCGAUCAUGGGUAUUCAGGAGGAUGCAGGUCUGGAUAGCAACAAAUAUAACUGGCUCGGGACGAUUCUAUACAUUGGAGUGCUUGUGGGGGAAUAUCCGACCAACUUCCUAGCUCAGAAACUACCGGUCGCUAAGUAUCUUGCAGCGAAUGUAUUUCUCUGGGGAGUGGUCAUCGCAUGCAGUGCGGCCGCUACGAACUUCCCUGGAUUGAUGGUUGUUCGAUUCCUCCUGGGCUGCUUUGAAUCAUGCGUCCAGCCAAUCUUUAUUCAGAUGACGUCCAUGUGGUAUACCCGGAAGGAACAGCCAAUUUUAACAAGCCUGUGGAAUUGCAUGAUGGGCGUUCAAAUGAUGGUAGGAGGCAUUAUGGCCUGGGGUACCAGCCAUUACAUAGGCCAUGCCAUCAGAUCCUGGCAAUUACUCUUCCUCGUCCUCGGCGUGGCGACUUGUGUCUGGGCUGCAUUUCUAGCCUGGUACCUCCCCGACAGCCCAAUGAAAGCAAAGUGCUUCACCGAGGACGACAAACGCUUGCUUGUGGAACGGGUGCGGGCCAAUGAAACUGGUAUCCAAAACAAGACCUUCAAGAGAUACCAGCUGGUAGAAGCCCUGACCGACCCUAUCAUCUGGCUUUAUGUCCUCAUGCAGGUGUCAAGUACACUAGUGCUUGGUGGAUUGGGCGUGUUCUCCAAUAUCAUCAUCAAAAGCUUCGGAUUUACCACGCUGCAAACACAACUGCUCAAUAUCGCACAGGGUGCUGUCACCAGCGCCGUCAUGGUGGGCGGAGCUUCGUUGUCAUCUUGGACGGACCAAACCAUCUGGAUCAUGCACUUGUGGACAAUCCCUCCCAUAAUCGGCACCGCCAUCAUUUUCACUAUUGCGCCAACUGAGUCCACAAGAGUCGGCCUUUUGAUCGCAUUCUACUGCACGCAGUUCAUCUGGGCCGAAGGAAACCUUCUAUUCUCGCUGAUCUCCCGCAAUGUCGCUGGCCAAACGAAGAAGUCGACUGUACUCGCCAUGACAUUCAUCGCCUGGGCCGCUGGGAAUGCGACCGCACCGCAGAUCUUCCAAUCCUCCGAUGCACCGCGCUAUACUAAGGGCUUCACAGCCCAUUUCUGUCUCUAUGGAAUCAUGAAUGGCACCUUACUCGUUACACGAUGGUUACUUGUCCGUCGGAAUCAAGGCAAAGAAAACGCCACUGCUGUUGCUGAGAAUGGUAAUCCCGAAGAUAUUGGUCACUCAGGCGCUUUCUUGGAUAUGACGGAUAGGGAGAAUCCAGACUUUCGAAGGCGUGAUUCAGAGGAUGGAUUUACAGCGAUAAGCAAUUCCGAAACAGGAUCAGUUCAGGAGAUUCCCUACCACGCCGCUUUGGAUUAUCGCUCUUUAGAAGGUCCCUUAUCCCCAAAUGCGCCCCAGCAGCCUACUGCAAAAGGCCUGUAG